ACUUACCAUCCGCCUCUCGCUUUUCCCCCUCGUCAGCUUCGUUGCCACUUCGACUCAACCAGUAUCAACCAGGCACGAUCAUAGCUUCCGCCAUGCCACUAGCACGCUCGACCGAUCCCCUGGUGUGGAUCGACUGCGAGAUGACCGGGCUGGACGCCGACAAGGACCAGAUCCUGCAAAUCUGCUGCUUUAUCACCGAUGCGGACCUGCAGCUCCUCGAUUCUACGGGGUUUGAGACGGUGAUUCACCACCCGAAGUCGACGAUGGACCAGAUGAAUGCCUGGUGCGUCGACACCCACGGUCGCACCGGGCUCACGGCGGCCGUUCUGGCCUCGUCGGUGACGGCGGAAUCGGCGGCGGCCGAUCUCCUGGCAUACAUCCAGCGCUUUGUGCCCAGGCCCCGGACGGGUUUGCUGGCGGGCAACAGCGUCCAUGCAGACAAGGCCUUCUUAGCGCGGGGCCCGUACGCGGCGGUCCUGGAGUGGCUGCACUAUCGCAUUGUGGACGUGAGCACCCUCAAGGAAGCGGCCCGACGAUGGGGAUCGGAGGACCUGCUGGCAUCGGUGCCUCCGAAGCGAGAGGUGCAUCUGGCGAAGGACGACAUUUUGGAGAGCAUCGAGGAGAUGCGAUUCUACCGGCAACGGCUGUUUGGUGGGGCAGGACUGCGUGGAUGAGGGUUGGGUUGAUGUGUCUCGGGGGAAGGCCUAUGGAAAUGCGAUUAAUUAGGGGACUUGGUGGAUAAUAUGAUAUGAUCUGAUUCUGCAUGGAUGGACUGUCC